AAGAAUUCGGCCCUGGCACGGACGUUACAUCCAACCAAUCAGACGCGUCCGUGGAGACGGUCCGCUAGUGUGGCUGGGGAACUGCUGGGGCCCCAACUGCAGGUCGCACCCUGUGAUCGUGGGGAAAAUGCCGUCCUCUCGAGGUCCUAAAACAUCUGCAGCUGCUUUUAUCAAGCCCUAGGACCCUUAUCGAAUCACACUGUCAACGUCAUAUGGCUCGUCGCUCCCAAGACCAUAAACACUCUCUCACCUGCUCCCGUCCUCCUUCCCCUCUACGCACACUCUCUUGCCUCCCACCACCUUCCACCCCCCCCUUCCAUUGCCGUCAUCAUUCAAUCACCCACCAUCGAUUGCGGCAGAUCUUUCGGCAUCUACCCAUUCUGGGUUUCGGAAAGUCCCUCCCCCGGGCCGAUCAGCAGAGCCGAUUGCCGACGCGUGGAAGUCUGUUCCUCCUCCCCCCCGCCCCCUUCCGUCUAGUCGGUCGCAAGUCCACGGACCACGCCUGUCACGCUCACUGCAAGCGAUUCCCUCCCCCCCGCCACGCAUUCCAGAUCAUACCGGAACGCCGAAGUAACCUCCCCACGGCCGUGAUGGAUGAUGGCUUCGAGAUCAAUGCCCCGGACGGCGCGUACCAGCCGGAAGCUUCGCGGACCCCGGAUGACCUGUUGCAAUACCAGCAGCACCAGCAGCAGCACCAACUUCAGCAACAUCAGCGGCAGCACCAACCACACGAUCCGGACGCCCUGGACGGAGGAGCUGGCACAACAUUCAAGCACCCGACCCGGCAAGUGCGAAGGGCUCGACACAGCAAGGAGGAGCGUUCGGAGCGCAAAGACCGUUACGAUCGGAUUGAAGUUCUGGCCCGUGAAUUGAGCAUGGAGCUGAGCUUGGAAAUGUCUAGGCGCAAGCAAAUGUGGGAUGUGGAAGGCGAUCGCGAAGAGGAGGAGUUUUGGGAGAGCCGGAAGCAAGAAGUGUACCAUGAGUUGGACCGGCUGGCCAGCGAGAUUCAGAGGGCAUUUCGAGACCGGAGGAAGGAGGAGGUGUUGGAGAUCUGGAGCAAGGAGCAGGAGGAGCGGAGGGUGAUAACCAGCGCGGGAACCAGACCCGAGCGCGGACGACGGAACCCGAGGCGGGAAGAAGGCUGAUCACGUUGAGUGUGGGCGGUUGGUUGGGUCGCGAACGGUAGGAGGCCGGAAUUGCAUCGGACCCGCAUGGAGUUUGGUUGGCGUUAUAUUGUCAAAACGGUGUUCUUCUGGAAUUGGUAUUAGCAUUU